AUGAUGCGUUUAAUAUAUGAACGUGGGGUUUUAAUACUGCUACUAUGCUUAUUACACUUACAUAGGGCAAUUGAGGUUAAAGCAGAUUCCGAUACAGAAGAUGCUUGUAAUCCACUUACAGAUGCAACUCCCGGUUUUAAAGUAAGAUGGUACAAUUAUGCUCUUGGUGAUACAAGUUCUUUUACAAGUUUAGAUUAUAUGGCUUACGGAUACUAUCAAAAGUCUACAGCUUAUUAUACAAUGGACGGCGUGGAAACAAUUGAAUUUGAAUCAGGGUUUCCAUGCCAAUAUAAUAAAAGGAAUUCUGCCGACUAUUUUAUUUGUUAUUGUGAUGCUGAAGGUUCAUCUAGUGGAGGUUGGACUUGUCCAUGUGCCGAGUCUCCAUAUAGCAGCUCAUAUACAUGCUAUAAUAGUCAGGCAGUUUCAGUAUCUUUACCAUUAGUUUAUGACUAUGAUACUACUUUUACUAAUUUUACCAUGGAACUUACCGGUUACUUUUUAGCACCAGAAACCGGUUCUUAUACUUUCACCCUUGGAAAUGUUGAUGAUUCAGCUGGCCUUCUGUUUGGUGAAAACGCUUUUACAUGUUGUGAACAAAAUAAUAUUACUGCUGCUACAACUGAUUUCUUUAUAAAUGCCAUUAAAGGAUGGAAUUCAGGACAGGAUGCUACAACUUCAGGUACAAUGAACUUAAUAGGUGGGUUCUAUUACCCACUAAGACUUGUGUUUUCAAAUGCUAUAUCUUAUGCAAGUUUAGAUUUUUCAGUAACUUUACCUGAUGGAAAUACAAUAACUGAUUUUGAAAAUUAUGUUUUCACCUUUGAUGAAGAAGAAUCUUAUUGUCCUGCCUAUUCAACCACAACAGUUCCAUGGACCGGGACAUAUACAUCGACUUUCACAACAAAAGUUACCACUGCUACAGGAUCCAAUGGUCAAACUACAACUUCCAACGUUAUUUAUGUAGAGACACCUGGUAUUGAAACCAACUCAACUAUAAUAACUGGAUGGACUGGGACUUAUAUAUCUACAUACACAACUAGCGUAUAUACCACUACUGGUAGCAAUGGGGUACCAACUACAUCUACAAUUAUUUAUGUGGAAACACCAGAUGUUGAUGCUUCGACAACAACUACAACAGGAUGGACUGGAUCGUAUAUUAGUACUUAUUCCACCAGUAUAUACACAGUAACAGGAACAGAUGGAAAUCCAACCACAUCUACUAUUAUCUACGUCGAAACACCAGAUGUUGAUGCCUCAAUAACUACUACAACAGGAUGGACUGGAUCAUACACAUCUACCUAUUCCACAAGUAUAUUCACCACAACUGGUAAUGAUGUAAAUCCAACUACAUCUACAAUCAUCUACGUCGAAACACCAGAUGUUGAUGCCUCAAUAACUACUACAACAGGAUGGACUGGAUCAUACACAUCUACCUAUUCCACAAGUAUAUUCACCACAACCGGUAAUGAUGGAAAUCCAACUACAUCUACUAUUAUCUACGUCGAAACACCAGAUGUUGAUGCUUCAACCACUGUGAUUACAGGAUGGACUGGAUCAUACACAUCUACCUAUUCUACAAGUAUAUUCACCACAACUGGUAAUGAUGGAAAUCCAACUACAUCUACCAUUAUCUACGUCGAAACACCAGAUGUUGAUGCUUCAACCACUGUGAUUACAGGAUGGACUGGAUCAUACACAUCUACCUAUUCUACAAGUAUAUUCACCACAACCGGUAACGAUGGUAAUCCAACUACAUCUACUAUUAUCUACGUCGAAACACCAGAUGUUGAUGCUUCAACAACAACUACAACAGGGUGGACUGGAUCAUACAUUACUACCUACUCUACCAGUAUUUUCACCGUAACAGGAACAGAUGGAAAUCCAACCACAUCUACUAUUAUCUACGUUGAGACACCAGAUGUUGAUGCUUCAACAACGACUACAACAGGAUGGACUGGAUCAUACAUUACUACCUACUCUACCAGUAUUUUCUCCGUAACAGGAACAGAUGGGAAUCCAACCACAUCUACUAUUAUCUACGUUGAAACACCAGAUAUCAAUAGAUUAAGUACAACCACUAUUGGUUGGGGUGGUGGUUUUACUAGUACCUUUUCAACCGAGAGAUUUAUCGUUACCGGCAGUAAUGGUAUUCCUAUUACUUCUACAAUUAUAUAUGUGGAAACACCAACGUUUGGAUAUUUCAAUACUUCAUCUAGUUCCACUGGUUCUUUCAGCUCUGCUAAAAUACCUGGAAGUACGACCGAAGAAAUGGUAUCCACAGUUGUAACUUUAUCGUCUGGCGAUAUUUCGAAAAGUAUUCCUAUUGUUUCAACCUUGUUUUCUAGUACAAGUAGUUCCUUCGAUUUUUCUAGCAGUUCUGAAAGUUAUGCCUCAUCGAGUUCGAUAACAACUAUUGCAAAUCCUACAACUUCAUCGCCAAUAAGUUCAAGCAGUUCUACUUAUAACUCAUAUAGCAUUCCUGCAAGCAGUACAUCAUCAAGUUACAUUACUAGUAGUACAGAUGUUACAACUUCAUCAUUAUUAAGCUUUAGUUGUUUGGCCUACAACUCAUUUAGCAGUGAUACUAUUGAAAGUUCUACUUAUAUUCCAUAUAGCAGUACUGAAACUUAUACAUCAUCGAGUACUAUUACAAAUAGUAUUACAGCUAGUACAAAAUCAUUACCAUUAAGUAUGAGUAGUUCCAUCUAUAGCUCAUAUAGUAGUGAUAUUGUUACAAGUUCUUUAUCGUUAGGUUUUAGUAGUUAUACCGAUAGCUCCUAUAGCAGUAGUAUUGCAAGUUCUAUUCAUAUUGUCUCUAGUAGUACUGAAAGCUACACACCAUCUAGUCCCGUUAUAUCUAUUAGUACGGCUAGUACAAUAUCAUUACCAUUAAGCAUGAUUAGUUCAGCCUACAGCUCAUUUAGUGGUGAUACUAUUGAAAGUUCUACUUAUAUUACCUAUAGCAGUACCGAAAGUUAUACACCAUCAAGUUCCAUUGUUACUUCUAGUAUAGUUGGUACAAAUUCAUCACCAUUAGUUUUGAGUAGCUCUACCUAUUGCUCAUCCUGCAAUGCAGAAAGUUAUGCACCAUCAAGUUCAAUUAUAACUAUUAGUACGGAUGUUACAAGUUCAUUACCAUUAAUCACGAGUAGUUUGACCUACAGCUCAUUUAGCAGUGAUACUAUUGAAAGUUCUACUUAUGUUUCCUAUAGUGGUAGUGAAGGUUAUACAUCAAUGAGUUUGGUUACAAGCAGUGUAGAUGCAACAAGUUCACCAUAA